AUGUUUAAAGGAGCGAAAAAAGAGGAUUUAAGGCAAAUUGCCAUUGAGUUAGGUGAAAAUGUUACUAAGACUAUGACUAUUAUUGAGCUAACGAACUUAAUAAAAAACAACGAAACAUUUGUUAAAGAGCCAGAACUUGCUACUGACAUAGCAAAUACUAUAAUUAAUGAUAGAAAAGCAGUAAAGGAAUCGCUGUUACAGUUAGAAAAAUUUAAGUUUGAGAGAACAAAAGCAGAAUUAGAACUUGCUAAACUGCGAAACAAAAACAAAACUGAGAACUCCGAAAGUACUGAAUCGCUGAAUUCACUCGUCAAGAGUGUCCGGACUCUAACAGUUAAAGUUCCUAGUAGACCAGAAGGUUGGAGUUAUUUUUUCUCAUCCUUAGAAAGGGCAUUUAACUCUAAAAGUGUACCCGAGAAAUACAAGGCAGAAAUUCUUUUAAAUUUGCUAGGAGAAAAGGCCACAAACGUGAUCACUUAUAUAAAAGAUAACGAGUUAAAUGAUUAUUCUAAAGUAAAAUCAAUCGUAAUAAGAGAAUUUGAGCCCACCCCUCAAUCGUGUUUAGAACAUUUCAAAAAUACAUUCCGACAACCAAACGAAACACACGUACAAUACGCGUCUCGAUUGAUAACAAAUUAUGAUUAUUAUUUGAAAUUAAGGAAGGUGUCGGAUUUCGAAACAUUAAAAGAGUUAAUCGUAUCCGACAAAAUCUAUCAAACACUUGACAAAGAUACCGCAUACCAUAUAAGUAUGAAACAGGGAGACGAUUGGUUCAAACCCUCUCAAUUAUCGAAAGAGAUCGAUCUAUACUACACAUCGCGUGGGAAAAAAUUAGUCAAUAGUUUAGAAAACGUAAAAAAUCCCCACUCAAAAAAUGCUUCGCGAGUAUUCUUGUCAGAUGCUAAAAUUUCUAAAUGUGUUUUAUCGUGUAGUGAAAAUCAUCCAUUAUAUAACUGCCCUGCUUAUAAAAACUUAUCCAUAAAUGAUCGAGUAGAAGUUGUUAAAACUAAUAAAUUAUGCUUUAAUUGCUUAGGAAAUAACCACAGAGUAUCAAAUUGCAAAUCUAAGUAUUCUUGCCAGAAUUGUAAAAGGCGUCAUCACGUGACUUUGCAUUUCUCUCCUGAGAAAAAACCGUAUGAGGCAUCGGCGACUGCUAGUCGAAGCGUGCUUUCCCCCACCGCAGCUGAAUUUAUUACCAAUCCUUCUAGAAGUGCGGAAGUUAAUCAAAACAAAAACGAAGAAUAUUUUGCGGCUGCGAGUUUCGAUUCGAAUUCAAUACAAUCAAAAUGUGUUUUGCUUAGUACGAUUAUUUGUUACAUAAAAGAUAAUGUAAACAAUUUAAUUCCUUGCCGGGGUUUGCUUGAUGUGGUUGCGAAUUCGAAUUUUAUCAGCAAAAGAUUAUCUGAUAGACUUAAUUUAAGGAAAGAAAAAAUAAAUGCCUCAGUGUCAGGAUUAAAUGAAUUGUCAUUAGAAAUAAAAUCACGAGUGAGUACUACCAUUACAAAUGAGGAGGGGAAUUUUAAUUUAGAUUUAAACUUUUUAGUUGUUCCAAGAAUAAUGGAUUUUACCCCAUCUAAACCAAUUCAAUGCAGUUUCCCAGAAUUAAGAGAUGUGAAAUUGGCGGAUUUAAGUUUUAACAUGCCAGGUCCUAUUGAUAUACUUAUAGGCGCGGAACAUUUUUAUGAAAUUAUGAGGAUAGGGCAAAUACAACCCCCUAAUACAAAGGUUCACUGCGGAUUAAUAAAGGAUAACACGGAAUUAGAAAAGUCCAUUAGUAGAUUUUGGGAGCUAGAGUCCAUUGGCAUUAAUGACGAGAAUGAAAACAGCGACGAAAACGAAGCCCUAAAGAACUUUAAUGACACGGUGAGCUUUAAAAACAAGCGGUACAAGGUAACCUUACCUUGGAAGAGGAACUGGCAGGAGUUAGAUGAUAAUUUCAACAUUGCAAAGAAGAGAAUUGACUCCCUGAUUAAAAGAAUGAAUCGUGAUAAUUCACUAUACUUAGAAUAUUGCGAAACUUUAAAAAUUUAUUUGAGAGAAGGAAUAAUUGAGAGAGUAUUGUAUCAUUCAAAACCAAAUGAUAAGCCUGUGUUUUACCUGCCCCAUUUGAUUGUCAAUAAAAAGGAGAGGCUAACCACCAAAAUGAGAAUAGUCUUCGAUGCUAGUGCACAUGGAAUCGAACAAUUAUCUCUGAAUGAUUGUUUGUUUCAAGGGGUUAAUCUGAAUCCAAAUAUUUUUUAUCUUCUGAUCCAUUUUCGUUUAAAUAGAAUUGCAUUUCUGGCUGAUAUCGAGAAUGCAUUCCUCCAGAUAUCCUUGAGUGAUAGAGACAGAGACGCUGUGAGAUUUCUUUUUGGAAAGGAUCUAAAACAUAUAGAGAUCUACAGAUUCAAGCGAGUAAUAUUUGGAGUGAAUUCUAGUCCAUUUUUGUUGGCAGCUACCAUUAAAAAGCAUAUAGAAAAAUACCGUAAAGAGUUUCCAUCCACAGUACAAGUACUUGAUGACUGUUUAUACGUUGACGAUUUGAUAGCUGGAGAGGACAGUGAAGAAGCAGCCUUUGAAAUUUCUAAAAGAGCGAAACAAAUCAUGGGAGAUGCUGGAAUGAACCUAAGAAAGUGGAUUUCGAAUGAUGAAAAUCUUAUGAAAAAACUGAAUGAAGAAGGAUUUGAUCUACUACACCCAGAGGACCUCGAAGGAAAUCUGCAUCGAGUCCUAGGCCUUUCUUGGAAUCCACUUAGUGACUUUAUCACAGUGGAGAUAGAUAGCUUGCUUGAAUUUCUUCAACAGGAUAAAAAUACCAAGCGAUUUUUGCUAAUGACUGCAGGAAGAAUAUUUGACCCUUUAGGUCUUCUCACUCCCUUCACCAUCAGAUUUAAAUGUUUAUUUCAAGAGAUCUGGCAGAGGAAAAUCACCUGGGAUGAAGAGUUGCCACCCGACAUUGCAAAAACGUGGAAGAAGUGGUGUACAGAAGUUUCUCAACUAAAAGAUCUUAAAAUUCCUAGACAUGUGAUGAGUCCUACAGGUGAUGAGAAUUUAUGUGUCGAAAUCCACACAUUUUCAGACGCUAGUAUCAAGACCUAUGGAGCCGCCGUGUACAUAAAAAUACGAGUCAAAGAUCAAAUCAUUAUCAAUCUUGUGUCUUCUGAAACCAGAGUUGCACCCUUGAAGAAGAUUACACUACCGCGGGUGGAACUCAUGGGUGCUGUGCUAGCAGCAAGAUUAGCUAAAGAGGUGAAGAAAGUAAUCGACCAUAAACAUCAAUCAACAAGCUUUUUCUGGACUGAUGCUAAAAUCGUACUCUACUGGAUUCAGAGUUCAACCAAACGAUGGAAACCUUUUGUGGCGAACCGUGUAAAAGAGAUUCAAGCAUUGACAGCCCAGACAUCAUGGCACCACUGUGCUAGUAGAGACAAUUCCGCUGACAUGUUAAGCAGAGGUGUGACUGUUGACGUUCUUCUUGGCAGUGCAAAAUGGUGGUCUGGUCCUGACUUCCUUAAAGAGAACAUUCCAGACGCUUAUGAGGAGCAAACUGUUCAUGAAGAAGAGUACCAAGUUGAACUUAAAAAGAACUGUGAUUCCCAUUUAGUGACUUUAAUUUCUAUAGAUAAUGUUUCCCUUUUUGAGAAAAUUCUUACCUUAUCUAACAAAUAUACUAAAAUUAUUCAUGUAUUGAGUUUUCUUUUCAGAUUCAUUUACAAUUGUAAAAAUCCAGAUGCAAGAAAAAUUGGUCCCUUGUUAGUAAGUGAAUUAAAUGCAGCUGAAAUUUGGUUGUUAAACUGUUUACAACGAAGUGAGUUCUCAGAGGAAAUCAAAAGCUUGGAAAAAGGUAAGCCUGUUCCGAGGAACAGUAAGUUGUCUUCAUUGUGUGUUUUUCUAGAUGAAAAUAAGCUGAUGAGAGUUGGUGGUAGAUUAUCUCUGUCUGACUUGCCUGUUAAUUCUAAGUUCCCCAUCAUUUUACCGGGUAAGAAUUCUUUAACCACCAUAAUUUUGAGAUAUUGUCAUUUAAAAUAUUUGCACUUGGGACCACAAGCAUUAUUAUAUCAAGUUCGACAAAAGUUCUGGCCUCUUAACGGUAGAAAUAAUUGUAGGAAAAUUGUACAUAGUUGUAUCACAUGUUUUAAAAACAAACCUGUUAUGAGUAAUCAAAUAAUGGCUGAUCUACCAAAGGAGCGUACAAGACCUAAUUAUCCAUUUAACAUCACGGGAAUUGAUUUUUGUGGCCCAUUUUCUAUUAAGUUCAAAAACCAGAGAAAAGGGGUCACAAAUAAGGUUUAUGUUGCUGUUUAUAUUUGCUUGUGUACCAAGGCAAUACACUUAGAUUUUGUAACUGAUUUAACUUCUCAAUCGUUCAUUGCCAGUCUAAAACGUUUUUUUGGGAGACGGGGCAAGUGUUCAAAAAUUAUGACCGAUAAUGCAAAAACAUUUAUCGGUGCUAACAUUGAGAUUAAGAAGUUAAGGAAAUUGAUAAAUUGCCCAGAUGAGACGUUAGCCAGUUAUUUUACUAACGAAGGGAUUGAUUGGAAAUUUAUCCCACCAAGGUCACCAAACUUCGGGGGAAUUUGGGAGGCUGGUGUGAAGUCGUUUAAGUUCCACCUAAAAAGAGUAAUUGGCAAUCAAAAUUUAACUUUAGAAGAAUUCUUGACAAUUUUGACUGAAAUCGAAGGUGUUUUGAACUCCAGACCUCUCACUCCACUAUCACCGGAGUUUGAUGAAUUUGAAACUCUAUCACCUGGUCAUUUCUUGAUAGGUAGGCCCAUCACCUCACUCGCUGAACCCCAACUAAUAGAUAUAACUGAGAAUAGGCUUUCUAACUGGCAAAAGAUUAAUAAGUAUAGUCAGAGAAUAUGGAAGUUGUGGAAAAGGGACUACCUUAAUAAUUUACAGGAACGUAAUAAAUGGAAAUUUGAAAAGAAUAAUGUAGAAAUAGGAACCCUGUGUUUGAUAAAGGAAGAGAAUUUACCAUCUACGCAAUGGUUAGUAGGACGAAUUGUUGAGGUGAUGCCUGGCCGUGACACAAAAAUAAGAGUAGUGAAGUUAAGUUUACCUAAUGGCAAACAACUUCAAAGAAAUAUUCGUGACAUUUGUAUUCUUCCCAUAGAGUAA